GUUGCCCACCAUCGAGGAAGAAACCGGGAAGCUGCCCUCAUGUGUUCAUGUGUUUUUUAUGGACGAAGGAAAGCCUAUUUACCACUUCACAGAGGAGUUCAAAUAAAAGCUUUGUACGAACGAAUCAGCUCUCUAAAUAAGUAAGUAAAAACUGGAUACAUUCACGUCUGUCUGAAGUUGUCGUUACUCCUUUAAAGCUCUGUGUUUGUGGAUGUUUAGCCGUAAAUGUGUGUUAUUUUGAUCGCUGGUUGUUAGCCACAUGUAGCUUUCGUGGUCCUAUUUUACCAUGCGUAACUUUAAGAAACGAUUUAAACUCUUAGUUUAUAUUCCUGACUGUUAAACUAUGAGGUCGUGUGUGUCUGAGGAGACUAACCAGCAGGUCUGACCCUCUGCCGGGUUAUAUUUUCCCUUUUAUUGACUUUAUGUUACGCAACUUCGAAAAUACAGUGAAGUCAUUUGGUCUUUGGGCUCAAAAUGGAUCAAGUUUUUAUAAAGUUAUGAUGUUGAAUUAGAAAUGAUGAUCUCGGACACAAAAAGACGCUUUCAGAUUAGUACUCAGACCUUCAUCAUCACCGUCCCUGGUGUGUCUGCUUGUAGAUACAGACUUGUGUUAGGUUACACACAUACAAUUUUGGGUCUUGGUGUGUCUCACCUCCACAGGAUAAAGAUGUGAAUUACACACACACACACUCAUGGUCACACAGAGCUUUCUUAGAUCUUAACAUCUCCACUGAAGUAGAAACAAAUGACAGUUUAAUACGUCACUAACUCACCCUUUAAUUAUGUUCAUUCCUCAGAGUAGGUGUCCUGUCUUAAAGGGAUAUUCCGGUGUAAAAUUAAUUAAGAGUCAAACAAACCGUAACACGGAGUUAGACACCCCCUCCAGAGAUGAAUGUUGCAGACUUUAGUAACAACCGCAGGAUAGCAAUACAGAGACUCACACACUCAACCAAAACGCCACAAAUAAUGCUCAGAACAGCACCUAACUUCAUCAACAGGACAAAUAGGGUCCCAGUCGUAGUACUAGACACCAAACAUCUUUUUAACUUUGACUCAUUUCUUCCCCAAGACCUCAGGUCAGUCCAUUACAGACUACAGCGGGGUGUCGCAGCUCAAGGAACAACAUUUAUGAUCAUUUCUUUAUGAAAAUACAAUCAGACCGAGACGCUAAGACAGAAGAAUUACAGCGUCUGCAGUGCAGAAUGAUUAAUAUGGUGAUUAUUACUUAAAGGAAAUGAUAAAGUAAAAGUUUCAUGUGUUUAUCUGGUACUGGCCCCGACUCAGUACAUGUACAUGACAGACAGACAUCUCAACACUCGUGUCUCGUCCUCUGCCUCUUCAGCAACUUGGAGCUAAUUGUUUCAGCAGAACUUCAAAUUGUCCAACUGACAUCCGAAAAUAGGUUCUGAAGCGACCGUCAUCAUCACCAAUCCAGUUUCAACUCACCAAGUUCUCUUCUUUUUUUGUAAAACUGGACCCAUGUGUUACGUUUCUUUUUCCUUUGAGAAAGCAAAAUACAAAAAAAAUAAAUUUUGUCUUCUCGCUUCCACCCGGGACUAUGUAUGUGAUGACGUUUCCAGCUUUUCUAGCCAAUCAGAGGCAAAGGAGGCAGGACUUUCGCCGGGAAAAGUCUUCCCCGGGACGCGUCUUUUUCACCUCCGAAUAUUUCGUGAUUUCGCGUUCUAUAUUCGCGUCGGCCGCUUUAUUUUGAAUUUUUGACACCAGUGAAACAGUUGAAUGAUUAUUUUCUACUGACUUUUCCAGGAACCAUAUUUACCCCAAAAAAUACACGUCGCAUGUAAGUCAGAUUUUUAGAUUUAUUCCUAAAUUUGACAAAAAAUUGCGAUACUUACGUAAAUCGAUUUUUUUCUCCCACCCCUUUUGAUUACAGUUGUUGUUAAAUGUUCGUCUGCGAGUUUAAAAUAAUCGGAACCGUCUUCCUCUUCCUCCCUUCAGCUCACGAUGGCGACUUACACCUGCAUCAGCUGCCGGGUGGCUUUUGCAGACGGCGACAUUCAGCGAGCUCACUACAAAACCGACUGGCACCGCUACAACCUGAAGCGUAAGGUGGCCGACAUGCCGCCGGUCACCGCAGACAACUUUCAGGAGCGCGUCUUGGCGCAGCGAGCGGCCACAGAACAGCAGCUGAGCGACGCCGCCGCCACCGAGGGCUGCGCCGUCUGCAACAAGAAGUUCUCCAGCGCCAAUGCCUACCAGAACCACCUGCAGUCCCACAAACACCAGCAGGCGGAGAAGCAGGCCCUGCUGGCCGCCCAGAGGAGAGUGGAGAAGAUGAACGAGAAGAACCUGGAGAAAGGACUCGGGGACGAGAAGGUGGACCACGAUGCCAGGAACGAGGCUCUGCAGCAGGCCCUGAAAGAGCAGCAGAGGCCGAGCCCCGCCAAGCAAGGGAAGAUCCAGACGCCCCAGAGGACGGAGAAGCAGGAGAAACCGCCCAGAGUGAUGUGGCUGGAGGAGCAGGCCAAGAGGAGGGAGAAGGAGGAGGAGGGGGCCACAGCUGGGGAAGGUGAGGAGCAGAAAUAUGUAGAUGUUUACAAGAGUCACAAAUCGACAUAAUCCAGAUCAACAACUCUGAGUCAACUCUGUUUUUAUGACGUUUUCUAGAUGAUUGGGAGGACGUUGACGAGGAGGAUGAUGACGACGACGAGAUGGAGGAAGAAGAAGAAGAGGAAACGAUGGAUCAUGAGGAAGGAGGAGACUCAGCAGCUUCCUCUGACCCCCGCCCUGCAGCUCUGCCGGGCUCCAUCCCCGUCACAGACUGCCUGUUCUGCUCCCACCACUCCAGGACGCUCAUGAAGAACGUGACACACAUGACGCAAGUCCACGGCUUCUUCAUCCCUGACGUGGAGUUCCUCGUAGACCUCAGGGGCUUCAUCCGCUACCUCGGUGAGUUUGGUGUGUCAGUGUGAGGGUCCGGACUUUAAAAGGUGAAGUACGGUUCCAUUCUUACAGGAUUCCAGCUUCUCAACACAGGAACACAGGAGCUUUAAUGUCAUUUGGAGAUAUUCCCAUUUUUCAGUUUCUCCGUCUCGUUUUAAAACUUGUUGCUGGCAUCAAAGUAAAAAAAAAAAGACUCUUCUGAAGACAGGGUUACAAAUGAAGCCUAACGUUUUUCUUUCCUGGUGUUUCAGGAGAGAAAGUGGGAGCUGGGAACGUGUGUUUAUGGUGUAACGAGAAAGGACGGUCGUUUUAUUCAGCUGAAGCGGUUCAGAGUCACAUGACGGACAAAGGUCACUGUAAACUCUUCACGGAGGGAGACGCCGCUCUGGAGUUCGCCGAUUUUUACGACUUCAGGUACAAAAAUGAGUUUUUCAUUCGUCACUGUUUUUUGUAACGAGUUAAAAGUUUCUGCUUUAGAUGGAAAUAAAUGAUCUGUAAAUGACUUUCUGCUUCAGGAGCAGCUACCCGGACCGGAAAGAGGGAGAGGACGCUGACGCAGACGUGGAUGAAGACAAGCUGCCGGACGAUAAGACUCUGGAGUACGAUGAUGAAACGAUGGAGCUGACUCUUCCUUCAGGUGACUCUUCUUUGAAAUAAUUGAAAUGACAGAUUUAAAGAGGCUGAUGUGUUGAUUUUCCAUCUCAGGUUUGGUUCGAAUUGUUCCUCGUUGUGGUUUUAUAGCUUUAACUUCACACGCUCAGAUCUGAACUCUACUUCCAAUCCAGGUGACCAAACGCUGACCAAAGUGCUGUACAGUAAAAAUUAUACAAACAACAAUAACAGACAAUGAACACGAACAAUAAAACAAAGACAGAGACACACUUUAAAAACAGGGGGACAUGGAUGGUUCAGUAAGAACAUGAUAAAAAGGCCGAGUUCUCAGGAGUUAAAAGCAGAGGAGUAAAAGUGCGUUUUGGGGACAGUCGGACGUGAAGAGGAGGAGCUUUUCAGAGUUUAGGCGCAGUAAUGGAAAAAGACCGGUCACCUCUGAACUUUAAUCUUGACCUACAGACAGUCAGAAGGUGCCGGUCAGAGGAUCUGAGAGUCUGAGAUGAAAUAAAGAGUUUAAAAAGGUCAGAGAGAUAAAAAGGAGCAAGCCCUGGUAGGGAGGGGUAGAGUUUACAUUCAAGAUUCCUCCCUCAGAUCCUGACUACCCUACCUUUAAGAGAGGUUUGACUGGCCCCCAAAAUUAAGUGCAAUAAUCAGGAUGAGUUGUGAUAAACAGCGUGCAUAAUCUUCUCAAAAUCACUGAAAGAUUAAAAAGACUUACUUUGUGUGUUUUUUCGUAGGAGCGAAGAUCGGCCACCGCUCCCUCAUGAGGUACUACAAACAGCGAUUCGGGACCCAGAGAACCGUGGCCUUGAGCCACAACAGGAACGCCGUCGGCAGGGUCCUCCGUCAGUACAGAGCUCUGGGCUGGGGGGGCGAUGGAGGUAAGAAUCACAGAGGAGCUCAGACGGACUUACAGUCUUAUUUUCAGGUUAUUCUGAACGUCUCAGUCAGUUUUAGUUUUUAGUUUUCGUCUGACUAAUGUAACUUUCAGCGCACAGAAAUGAAUGACGCUGCACUCAGGGACUCUUAAAGUUUUAAAGCGGUUUAAAGCUGCUGCUCCUGACCGACUCUGAACCUCCUCGAUCCAGGACCGUAAAUACUGAACAUGUUUAAUCUUCAUAAUGAGUAAAAAGUUCUGACUCUGCUGUAAAUAUCUUGCAAACCCAGAGUGAAUUUGUAUUCUCCGUGGGCUCCAGCUCCACCAGAAGAUAAGAAAUGUUAUUAAAUGAAACUCCGGAUUCGAUCCUCUUCCUGCGGAGCCCGUGACCCCGCUGUAGCACCUUUUGUUCGCUUUGAUUUAUUGUGUUUACUCUGAAGAGGUUUGCGGCGAGGAGAAUCUCACAGCUGUUGUCAGUUUUGGGCGCCGAUGGAGCUCCAUUUUUCAGCCGUGUUGUUUCUUCGCGGUGUUUGGAGGAUUAAAUGUGAACUUUUUCUUCCACUCUGUUUUGUAGAGAUGACGUGUUUUUGGCAGUUUCGGGAUUAUUGAUAAAGCUGUUUCUUGUUGUUGCUCUCAGGAGUCAAAUUUCAUUUCAGGGCGGCUGUAACCGCUUCUAACAAGAUGUCAGGGCUGCCGGUUUGAAAUCCUCAGACAAACUCAAGAUGUCGAGCUCCUUCUUGUGCUCGUUUGUGGUCAUUUCUGCUCCUGAACCACAUUAACACUCACUCUGCAUCUCCUCCCGCCCCUCUUUUUCUCUCUCAGGAUGCGGCUCCUUCCACCAGAAGCAGAAAGACAUGCAGUACGUCCAGAUGAUGAAGUCCAAGUGGGUGCUGAAGAUGGGCAUGAGCCACAACGCCACCAAGCAGAAGCACUUCAGAGCUCAAGUCAUGUUCUAAACUCAAACCCGAGGAACCGAAACAUGAACUGAUGGACCCGGAAAAUAUCUGAACUUUAUCAGCCGAUCAGAAAUCACACUCAGCUGUGAACGCUGUGAGAAAGUGGAGGUCAGGAGUCUGCAGCAGAAACUGUAAAGAGGACUUCUUCCGAGUCUUUUAUUUGUCGUAUUUUCGUGUUGAAGGUCCACUUUAAGUUGAAAUGGUCUGAAAAACUCAAAUCGAUCUCUGUGAAUCUACAUUAAAUAAGAAGGAUUUUAACUCAUAUCCGUAAAAGAGCAUCUUCAACGAUUUCAUGCUUCAAGUACAUUCAAUAAAUAGAAUAAACAUAUUUAUUUGGAAUGCCACAGUUCUUUUUUUAAACCUGUUUUAUCAGUUGUUGUUAAAAAUUAUUAUAAAAUCUGUAAAAUCAGAUAAUCUGGUCGGUUUAUUCUCGUUUGAAUCUCCUGAUCACAGCUGCGGUAAAGAUCCCAGCAGAGAGGCUCAGACUGGAAACACACCUGUCCCACAACCAUCCAGUAUAGGAACAGCUUGUGAGGGUAUUCUCAAUAAAUCAAAUAAUUUGAUCUUUUA